AUGACGAAAAAGGUCUCGCUGAGCCAACUAUGCGCAGGUCCUUCGGUGGAUAUCAUCACCCUGGCCUUCAUCAACAGCUUCUACGGACCGACGGAUCCCUCCAAGAUGAAUAUCACUUUGGACUUCAAUGGGUAUCUGUGUCAGGCUCCGAAUCACACACAAACUGCUGCGGGUAUGACAGGACUGCUAGACUGUACAAUCGAUGGGUUCGCCGCUCAAGUCGCCGCGUGUCAAGCGCAAGGGAAGAAAGUCUUGAUAAGCGCAGGAGGAGCAAGCGCCAAUUUGAGCAUCCCCAGUCAAAAGGCCGCGGAAGAGGUGGCGAAGACGCUUUGGGACAUGUUCCUCGGCGGGUCAGGACUGAAAGGCGUGCGGCCUUUCGGCGAUGUGGUGCUCGAUGGCUUUGACAUUGACAACGAGGACGAGAAGAAUGCAGGCCAGUUGUUUCCUCUCAUCUCGACGCUACGCAACCUUACGAAGAAAGACAAGUCGAGGAAGUAUUACUUCUCGGCCGCACCUAUCUGUGCACUACCUGAUCCCGAGAUCCCUUUGUCUUCGCUAUUGAAUCAGAUAGAUUUUUGGAACGUACAGUUCUACAACGCCAAUGCCUGCCAGCUGGGGAGCGGAGAUAAAUUUCUCAACUCAAUGAAGACAUGGUCGCAGAAGCUCUUGGGUAAACGAAAGUUGGCAUGUAAAACAUGCAAGGUCCCACAGGGGGCUUUCAACGUUAACGGCAAUAACAUUACAUAUCCUGGGUUGUUGAUUGGGACAAGAGCGUUUAAUCCGGGAGCAAGUCCCAAAGGCUAUGUGAACAUAACGGAGUACAGGGCAAUACUAAAGAAUGUAGCAAGACUGGAUUUGCCGAACCUGGCCGGCGCUAUGUUCUGGGACGGUGCAUUUUUGUACAAGGAAAGGGGAUUAGUUGAAGGGAAGAACAGGACUUACGCCCAGAUUGCGAAGUCUGUUUUGAAGAAUACUUGA